UUGCCCCAGAACUUGACCGUCAAGAAUUACAACGACAAUGACGCUUCCGACAGAAGAAGGAUGAUCCACUGCACCGAGAAUUCUCUCAGCCCGCCGUAUAUAUCACCGAGAACCUUGACCCCAACUUNGAUGUUAACCACCUGCCCCGAGGUCGUGGAGCCGAAUCUCACUUGCAACAAGGUGUACGACACCGUUCUACCCUGCCCGGCAGACAGACACGGGGAAUCUCGCAGCGCGUUCACCAAGGUGAACCUGACGAUCCAGAGGAACGGGUUCGCCGACGAUGGCCAGACCUCGCCGCGAUCCUCCAUAUCGCCGGACGAUCGUACCGGUUACCAAAGCAGCGUCAGCCCGCCGGGCGUACCGUUGACCUCGACCACCGGCUACAAGUACGCGCCAUUCCCCACGGCUAAAAUGCCGUAUCCUUUCCUGGUCGGUCCCGAGAACGGUCAACCAGGUCUGUUGGAGAACCUCAAGAUACCGCAGAUCGCGCAACCGCCCAAAGUACCGAGUCCAAAGAUACCGAGUUUCCGGCCUGAUCUUCCCCCGGUUUACCCGAACCUCCCCUACAAUCCGAUCUCCGUGUUCCCACCGAUGGCCGACGCGCUCGCCAGGCCGAGAUUUCUGGCGACGGCCGCGGGGGUGGCCGGCCUUCUACCCCCUUCGUUCGCCGCGUUGACCCUGCCCGCGCAAAACGUAUGCGCCAAGUGCAAUCUUUCGUUCCGGAUGACGUCCGACCUCGUGUACCACAUGAGGUCCCACCACAAGAAUGAGAACACCGGCGAAGCGGCAAGAAGGAGGAGGGAGGAGAAGCUCAGGUGUCCCGUGUGCGACGAGAGCUUCAGGGAGAGGCAUCACCUGACCAGGCACAUGACCGCCCACCAGGAUAAAGAGAGCGACGCGAUCGUUGACCAGGUCGAGGUAAAGAGGCGUGCCACCACCGUUCACACCAAGUGACGACGGAAAUCUUCGUCGAGCGAGGACGCGAUACUGGCCAGUGGUUAUUCGUUCGAGAAUUAGAUGAGUUUGGAUUGCAGGAAAUGGGAGAAAAAUUGGGAGUAAAGUUUGAAGAAGGAUAAUGGGAAAAGGAUAUAUUAUAAAUAAGGUUUGAUCGAUCUGUUUCCAUUUUAAUCUUGCCGUUCAUCUAUGAUCGAAGAUCGAAUGCUCUUCCAAUUUUUUAUCAUACAGUCUCUUGUCAUAUGUAGCUCGAUAAAGCAGGAUAACGAUACGAUAAUCUAUUCUUACCGUUUAGCUCGUUAACCACGAAUAUCCACGAGUAUUUUGCACUUGCCCCCUUUUUAAUCCGACUACUUAACGGGAUUAAUCGAUUACAUACAUUUUAAUAUACGUGUACGA